GUCGAAUCAAAAAUCGAGCUUAAACGACAGUUUAUUAUUUUGUUGAUUUUCUUGAUAAAAUCAAUUAAAAUUUCACAGCUAUUUUUUCAAGUUAUUAAAGCUUCUUUAAAAAGUUUUCCUCCAAAUAGUAAAUCAAAAUCUGUUUAUCAAAUGGAUCUGAAAAAGAAAUGCCCUGAAAGCGUCAGAAGAAUCAAAACAAAGGACCACAACGGGAACGAGCGUGAGCUGGUGGUGCCUCUGGGUCUGGACAUAGACCGUCCGAAGAGGGAGCGGACUUGUUUCAGUGCCGAACAGCUGUUCCUUCUUGAGGAGGAGUUCACAAGGGGACAGUACAUGGUGGGCAGGGACAGGACCCUGCUGGCGGGCAGAUUGGGGCUGACAGAAACACAGAUAAAAGUCUGGUUCCAAAAUCGCCGAACAAAACAAAAACGAGAAUCAAUAAAGCCCGACUUAGCCCGAAAACCCUUCAACAGUAUAUCCAAACAUGACAAUUCGGACAGUUCUCUGACACAGGACAAUCUGACAUCUCUCAGUUCUUUUUUCGACGAAUCAAAACCGACACAAUUUGGAGGACAUCAAGUGUCACUUUAUGACAUAACUAAAAAUGCAAUGUUAGAAAAUGGAACUUCACCUGGACAUUUAAUGACGUCAUUGCAAUAUUUUCACUUGGGUCAACCUAUGCUGGGUUAUUUGGACCCCCAGAAUGUAUUUGGAUCAGUUUACCAAGGAAUAAAUACGGGAGUAACGCAGAAACUAUUGUACCAUUUUGAUAACAACAAACACAGCGAUUCGCAUAUAUGAAAAAGCAGCAAACAA